AUGAAUGUUGCUUUGCGCGGCAGGAAGCUGGGCCCCCAGCUGCUCAUUGACAGACAGAUCGUCUCCAGCACAGCGGCGCGCCUGCCGCAGCUCGCGGCGGAGGGCGACUGGCGCGGCCUGCACCGCGCGCUGCAGCUCCUGGUGUGGCUGCUGCAGAAAGAGCCCGGCUCAAGCGCCAAGCUCGCGUCGGGGCGCAAUACCGCCGCCCUGCUGGACAUUGUGUCCCGCGCCGCGAGCGGCAAGGAGGGCGGUGCGUCGGCCGUCCCCGUGGCCUGCACCGAGCGCGCGCUCGCGCUGCUGGUCGUGUGCGUCCGCUGCAGCGAGGCGGCCGCGGACCGCGCGGUCGAGUCGCCGUUUGUGCGCCAGCUGCUGCGGCUGCUGGUCAGCGAGGGGGACGGCUUGGUGACGCCGGCGGCGCGACGCCACGUGGCGGGGGUGCUGCAAGCGCUGUCGUCAAAGCUGGAAUACAAGGACGUGCUGCAGGGCGCCGGGACGCUCGAGGCGCUGCUGGUGGCGCUGACCAACCCGGCCAUGCUGUGCGAUCUGCAGCUGAUGCAGGAGCUGGUGUGGACGCUGAUUGGCCUGGCCGACGAAGACGCGGCCUACAAGGACCUGUACCGGGAGCAGGGCGUCCAGCCCCUGCUGACGGCUGUUGCCGCCUACAUCGUUCAGCACCAGCUGCCCUAA